AUGCGAGAGAUUGUUCAUGUACAAGCUGGUCAAGGCGGUAAUCAAAUCGGAAGCAAAUUCUGGGAAUACAUUUCGGACGAACAUGGCAUCGAUCCCCAGGGAUCCUUUCGAGGAGAAUCAGAUCUUCAGCUUGAGCGACUGAACGUUUACUUCAAUGAAGGCCAGCGCGGCAAAUUUGUUCCCCGGGCGGUUCUGAUGGACCUUGAACCUGCCGUGUUGGAUUCAAUCCGUGCAAGACCGUUCGGUCAGCUCUUUCGACCGGACAAUCUCGUAUUUGGCCGAACAAGCGCGUCGAAUAACUGGGCCAAAGGACAGUACACAGACGGCGCCGAACUCUGCGAUCCCAUUUUCGAUAUCAUCCGGAAAGAGGCCGAGGGUUGUGACUGCCUACAGGGGUUUCAACUUGCUCACUGCCUGGGCGGAGGCACUGGUUCUGGUUUCGGGACCUUACUUCUGAGUAGACUCCAAGAUGAGUAUGCUGAUCGCAUCAAACUGACCUUCUCUGUCAUACCAUCACCAAAAGUUUCGGAAACGGUUGUCGAACCGUACAACGCUAUACUCUCACUGAACAUGCUGGUGGACGUCGGCGAUGAGGUUAUGCUUUUUGACAACGAGGCCCUGUACGAUAUUUGCUAUCGCACCCUCAAACUGUCCCACCCAUGUCUGGACCAUCUGAACCACCUGAUCUCAACCAAUAUGUCGGGAUUGACAGCCUGCUUUCGGUUCCCAGGACAGCUGAACGCAGACCUACGCAAACUCGGCGUCAAUAUGAUCCCUUUUCCUCGUCUUCAUUUCUUCAUGCCUGGUUUUGCUCCCCUCACAGCUAUGGGUGUGAAGCCAUACCGUGCGCUAACCGUUCCUGAACUGACUUUACAAAUUUUUGAUCCCAAAAACAUGAUGGUAGCUGCCGAUCCAACUCACGGACGCUAUCUCUGCGCUGCUUGUAUUUUUCGGGGACGUAUGUCGAUGAAGGAAGUGGAUGAACAAAUGUUGAAUAUACAGACGAGAAAUAGUUCCUAUUUCGUACCUUGGAUACCAAACAACGUCAAAACAGCCGUAUGCGAUAUUCCUCCGCGCGGGCUUAAAAUGUCAACAGCUUUUCUCGGCAAUAACACUUGCAUCCAAUCAUUAUUCACUCGUCUGCUUGAACAGUUCAACGCUAUGUUCCGGAGGCGGGCUUAUUUGCAUUGGAGACACUGGGUUAAAUUUCUUUCUUUCUUUCUUUCUUUCUUUCUUUCUUUCUUAAUUCUUUCUUUCUUCUUUCAUAUUAAAGUCAUCCUUGUUUAA